UUUAUUUAUAUCCUCAAAUAAACACAAAAUCGAUGACCUGUGGACUAGCUGUUAAACGUCCAUUAGAUUUGGGCCAGGAUGCAUUCGAAUUGAUUGAUGUCAAGAGAGCUCGCCAAAGCGGUGCAAGUCCAAAAUGUUCACCAUUUCGCCCUCAAAUGGGUAUAUUGGCAACUUCAUUGAAUCAGUCAACAACGGGUACUUCAAGUCCAAAGCCCUCUAAUGGUUUAAUCAACGUACCAAGUUCACCAUUUGCGGAGAUUUCUGGACGCUGUCAACUUUCGAGCAAUCAACUUGACUCCUAUCUGCGUGCUGAGAUUCAACAUCUGAAGCGUCGAAAAUUGAUUCCUCGUCGAGCAAAUAUAACAACCAACAGCCUGGAAUUGUCAAGUAGCACAGCAAACUUUCGCAAAGCAAAUUCGCCUACUUCUUCCAUCGUUAUUUUUUUUAAAUGUUUUUUUAACUUUUGUUUAUAGUCUGGAAGUGAUUCUGAUGGUGAAGUUCAUAGCAUUCAAGAUCCAGAAAAACA